AUGCCACGUUAUGCACAACUUGUAUUGGGACCAGCUGGCAGUGGAAAAUCAACAUAUUGUAGUUCAAUGGUAAAACAUGGUGAAGCCAUUAGAAGAACAAUCAAUGUGGUUAAUUUAGAUCCAGCUGCCGAACAUUUUGACUAUCCCGUAUUUGCAGAUAUUCGUGAGUUAAUUGAACUCGACGAUGCAAUGGACGAUAAAGAACUUCAUUUUGGACCAAAUGGUGGCCUCAUAUUCUGUAUGGAAUAUUUUGAACGAAAUCUUGAAUGGCUUCAGGGACAAUUAGGAGACGAAGAAGACGAUUAUUUUUUAUUUGAUUGUCCAGGUCAGAUUGAAUUAUACACUCAUGUUCCCGUUAUGCGUCGUUUAGUAGAACAAUUACAAAACUGGAAUUUUCAUAUCUGUGGCGUAUUUCUUAUCGAUUCACAAUUUUGUGUUGAACAAUCAAAAUUUUUAGCUGGUAUGUUAACAGCUCUAUCAUCUAUGAUACAAUUGGAAAUUCCAUUUAUUCAUGUAUUAUCAAAAGUUGAUCUUUUAUCAAAAAAAGAUAAAAGGAAACUACAGAAAUAUACAGAUCCGGAUGUGUAUCAAUUAGCUAAUGAAGAGGACUCGCAUCAAACAAAUCCUAAGAAUAGUUUUCUAUCAAAAUAUCGUCAUUUGAAUAAAGCAUUAGCCAAUGUUAUCUAUGAUUACAGUUUGGUUAAAUUUUAUACAUUAGACAUAAGCGAAGAAGAUUCUAUAACUGAUUUAUUAAUGCAAAUAGAUCUAUCUAUUCAGUAUGGAGAAGAUCAUGAUGUUAAAGAACCAAGAGAGAUGGAUGAGGAAAAUGAAAAUGAUGACGGUGUUCAUGAUGUUUAUAACAAUGACGUGGACAACGACUAA